GAGUUAUUUAGGAGCGAAAGGCAAAAAGUGCGCUUGAAACGAGGAGAGGCGGCAAGUAAAUUCGAAUCCUAAUCCGAGAAAAGUGACUUCCUACAAAAAGUGAACUGAUCCAGAGACGCUUAUCAUCAGGCGGUUAUUAUGAAAGGCAAUCACUAUAAAAUGUCUCGUAACAAAGACAAAUACGACAGCGCCAAUCGCAGGCAGCAGAUCUUUUUGUCGCAGGAGGAUAUAGCCGCUGGCAAGAAGACGAAUUGGAGUGGUCUUGAGAUAACGGGUUGCGUCCGCAAUAUUAGUCCGUCGUUGUGGGAGUUUGAACAUCUGACCGCCCUCUACUUAAACGACAACCAACUGUUGCGAUUGCCCGGAGACGUCGGCAUACUGACCAGUCUAAGGACCCUCGACCUGUCCGGCAACAAGCUAAGGAGUUUGCCCGCGGAGCUCGGUGAGCUCAUCCAGCUGCGGGAACUGCUGCUGAACAACAACUUUCUGCGCGUGCUGCCUUACGAGAUCGGCAAGCUGUUCCACCUCAUCAUACUCGGCCUCAUGGGCAAUCCGCUGCAAAAGGAGUUCAUGAACAUCUACAACGAGCCAAAUGGCACGCAGAAACUGCUCACCUACAUGCUGGACAACUUGUCAUUCACCGUCAAUCCACCGCCCCAAAGGCCCUGGCUGCCACUGGCCAAGCCCAACAAAACGCGACCAGCCUGCAUUUUUACGGUUAUGUGCUAUAAUGUGCUCUGCGACAAGUACGCGACGCGUCAAAUGUACGGAUACUGUCCAUCGUGGGCGCUCUGCUGGGAAUACCGGAAAAAGUCGAUUAUAGACGAGAUCAGGCACUAUGCGGCGGACAUCAUUAGUCUGCAGGAGAUCGAGACGGAACAGUUUUACCACUUUUUCCUGCCAGAGCUCAAGAACGAUGGCUACGAGGGCAUCUUUUCGCCGAAAUCGAGAGCUAAGACCAUGUCCGAGCUGGAGCGGAAGUAUGUCGAUGGCUGUGCGAUAUUCUUCAGGGCGUCCAAGUUCACACUGAUCAAGGAGUCCCUGAUUGAGUUCAACCAGCUGGCGAUGGCCAAUGCCGAGGGCUCCGACAACAUGCUGAACCGCGUGAUGCCCAAGGAUAACAUUGGCCUGGCCGCGUUGCUUAAGGUGAAGGAGAACGCCUGGGAGCCGAUGUCCGAGGUGACGCAGAUCUCGCAGCCGCUGCUCGUCUGCACGGCGCACAUUCACUGGGAUCCGGAGUUCUGUGACGUGAAGCUCAUCCAGACGAUGAUGCUGAGCAACGAGCUGAAGACGAUCAUCGACGAGGCGAGCCACAGCUUCCGGCCGGGUCACAAGAACGACUCGAACGCCGUUCAGCUGCUGCUGUGUGGUGACUUCAACUCGCUGCCCGACUCGGGAGUGGUGGAGUUCUUGGGCAAGGGGCGCGUGGCGAUGGACCAUCUGGACUUCAAGGACAUGGGCUACAAGUCCUGUCUGCAGCGGUUGCUCUCGAACGACACCAACGAGUUCACGCACUCGUUCAAGCUGGCUUCGGCUUACAGCGAGGACAUCAUGCCGCACACCAACUACACGUUCGACUUUAAGGGCAUCAUCGACUACAUCUUCUACACGAAGACGGGCAUGGUGCCGCUGGGCCUGCUGGGACCCGUCUCCAAUGACUGGCUGCGCGAGAACAAGGUGGUGGGCUGCCCCCAUCCGCACAUACCCUCCGAUCACUUCCCGCUGCUGGUGGAGCUGGAACUGAUGCACACGGCCAGCCAACAGGCGCCUCCCAACGGGCUGAUCAAUCGCCGGUAGCAAUAGAAUCGACGCGGCAGACCCACCACCAGCAACAGCACCACCACCAGCACCAGCAGCACCCUGAUGACGACGACGACGGCGCCGGCGGGCACGCGUGCGCCGGCUGCCAGUGGGGGAGCUAGCGGGAGUGGGACUGCAAGCGGGAGUGGCGUUGGCGUUGCCGGAGUAGGUGCAAGUGGAAGCGGAGUUGUUGGCGGCGGCGGUGGCGGUGGCGGCAGUGGCGGCGGAGCACUCAUGAUCCCAGGCGGCUACAGGGGACGAAGCUGCAGCAAUAGCGGAUGCCAUCGACUGACGGCAGCUCUUGGUGGAGCGACGAGAAAAGCAGGCAAUCCCCCGCCGCCGCCGCCUGCGGACAAGCCGGCCUCCAAUCCGCCGAAUGCCGCUUCCAACUGACGUGGCGAUCUGCUCGCAUCAAGAUUCCGUUUUAGUUAGACAUACGACAAAAACUUUGAUUUCUAACAUCGGUCCGUAAAUAUCCCUCAAGCUCUUGUUCCAACCAUCCCCCACCCAAAAUAUCCCCCCAGAAGAACCCUAAGUUAUAAGCUGACGACGUUGUGGAGGUCUCGCCGCUUUGUGCGCUGGAUCGCAAAGUGGACUCACCGAUGCAACCCAUUAACUAAGAUCGUAAUCGUAAAUAGGAAGGAAUAUAAUUUACUUGCUGCACUCCUCUUCCGCGCUUCUCGUUUUGAUUUUAUCCUACUUCACGUUUUCACCAUCGAAUAAAUCCAUUAUAUACAAUAUGCA